AUGGCGACGCAAAGCGGCCGGACGUAUAAUGACGCCAUCGACGCCCUCAACUCGCUCCAAACUCCAUAUCAAAUUAUCGAGGCCCGCCGCAAGGCCGGCAUACGCCCCGAUGCGACCUCCAUCGCCGAGAUGCGCAUCUACCUGCGCCGUAUCGGCUACACCCCGUCCGACCUCGACCGCCUGAACAUCGUACAUGUCGCUGGCACCAAAGGCAAAGGGAGCACCUGCGCCUUCGCCGCCUCGAUCCUCUAUCAGUAUCAAAAGACUCACGGCGUGCCGCGUCGCAUCGGCCUGUUUACCAGCCCCCACCUCAUCGCCGUGCGAGAACGGAUACGGAUCGAUGGCGUCCCCAUUAGCGAGGACGUCUUCGCACGUUAUUUCUUCGAGGUCUGGGACAAGCUCGGUGAGGCCGAGGCCGCCGAAGGGCGCGCCGAGGUCGUCGACCCGCGUCUCGGCCUGCCACUGUCCACGCGGCCUAUAUACUCGCGGUAUCUGACGCUGAUGAGCUAUCACGUCUUCCUGCGGGAAGGCAUCGACGUGGCCGUGUACGAGACGGGCAUCGGUGGCGAAUUCGACGCGACAAACAUCGUCGAGCGGCCCGUCGCGUCCGGCAUCAGCACGCUCGGCAUCGACCACGUCUACGCACUCGGAAGCACCGUCGACCGCAUCGCCUGGCACAAGGGCGGCAUCAUGAAGGCCGGCAGCCCCGCCUUCACUAUCGAGCAAGUCCCCGAGGCCGCCGUCGUACUGCGCGACCGGGCCCGCGAAAAAGGCGUCAUGCUUACCGUCUUGCCCGUCAACCCACGCCUCGCAGGUGUCGGCGUACGCCCCGACGCGCUGUUUCAGAAGCGGAACGCGAGCCUCGGCAUUGCGCUUGCCGAGACAGCGCUACGCCGGAUUGACCCGGGGUUUGCCGUCCCCAAGGACGCCGCGGCCCCGCUAAGCCGGGAGUUCGUCGACGGCAUCGAAAAGGUGGUGUGGCGCGGGCGCUGCGAGGUCUUUCCCGAGGGCCCCGUGGUCUGGCACGUCGACGGCGCGCACACGGUAGACAGCCUGCGGAUGGUGACGCGCUGGUUCGCGGGCGAGUGCGCGCAGGCGGCCGCGGCCGCCCCGCCCGGAUUGCAGCGCCAACCCCGGGCCCUCAUCUUCAACCAGCAGGGGCGCGAGGAGGCGGUCGGGUUCCUCGAUGUCGUGGCAUCGACGCUGCAGGCGCACCUCCUCGCCCACCACCGCAGCCACGACAAGUACGAACGUGUGGAGGGGGCCGGAAGUACGGAGAAAGCGGCGGCGGCGGCGGCGGCAGACACGACGCCACUGUUCGACCGCGUCUUCUUCUGCUCCAACGUCACACGCGCGGCGACCGGGUACAAGCGUGACUUCGUCAACAGGCAGCACGACCCCGCGGCGAUCCGGGGGCUGACAAUGCAGCGCGCCUUCGCCGACCGCUGGACCGCGAUCGACCCGGGGGCCGCGGUCGCGGUCGUGCCGACGAUCGAGGAGGCGAUCGAGCACGUCAGGGCCUUCGGGCGCGAAGCGGCGUCCGCGGGGGCAGGGGGAGAAGGCCGACCGGGGACGGUUCGCGCGCUCAUCACCGGCAGCUUGCACCUGGUUGGGGGGGCGCUGGAGAUCCUAGAGGGCGCGGACGCGCUGUGA